AUGGCUGGUUCUUCUUCAGUUGCCACUGAGCUUAACAUGGUGUAUUGCAUGAUUGAAAAAUGUUUGAUCUUCAACAUGAGCAAAGAAGAGUGUGUGGAAGCUCUCUCUAAGCAUGCAAAAAUCAAUCCUGUCAUCACCUCUACUGUUUGGAAGGAGCUGGAGAAAGAGAACAGUGAAUUUUUCAAGGCGUAUGUGGAGAAGCGAAGCAAAAAAGAGAAAAUGUCAGAGGAAGAGCUAAAACAGAUGAUCCAGAAGAUAAACUCAGAUUCAGCUAAAAAAUCCGACGACUGA